AUGGAACAACCCCUUUCGUCUUCUCCAACACCAACCACGAGAGGUUAUACAGAGAAAGCAGUUACUGGUUCUUCUUCUCGGAAGAAGCAUACAACGAGUCCAAAGAAGCACUUGGCUUCACUCACGCUUCCUCACUAUUCUGUGAUCAUGAUGAACCACACCACGAAUGGCUAUCAUUACCAUGGAGAAUCUCCUCUUGAUUAUUACUAUGAUCAACAAGAACAGGGUUUCCAUCGUCAUACCACACGGACGACUGUUAGUAACAACAAUCAUCAUUCAAAAAGUUCAUCAUCCAACCAUCAAUCCCAUCAUCACGUAGAGAAAGAAGAACCUCUUCAUUCCUCUCUCGCUUUCCAUCCUCAACAACAACAAGAACAGCAACAACCUUCUCUCGUGAUGAUCAAUAACAAGCCUUUCAAUCAAUCCCAACAACCACCACAAGCUUUUUUGAAGAAUCAAAAAAAGAGCGUAAAUCUCUCCUCGCUUCCUCCAUCCUCAUCAUCAACAUUGUCGAUGAAGAAUUUUGGAAAUUCUUCAUCGUUGUCGUUGUCGUCGUCGUUAUCAACGCCGUUAACUUCAACCACACCUUUGUCAUUGUUCGUACCGAUAACGAAAACUGGAGUUGAAACUGUUGAUGUUACCACUAAUCAAGCUUCGUUUUCUCCAGUUUCGGAAAAGAACAAUUACCGUAUGGAUCAACAACAACCGCAAAACAGUGAUCUAGAGAGAUAUUUCGACAAUCAUCAUCAUGAUGGCCAUGACGGAGAUGAAUAUUAUGGAAACGAUGAGCAAGAUGAAGAUUUUAAUAUAAGGCCAAAUUCGAGCCAUUUCGAGGAUGACUUUCCAACAAGUUUUGAAAACGAGUACGAUCACGAUGAUGACAAUUAUCGACAAGAACAAGAGGACGACACUUCCUACUCUGAACAGUACAAUCUUAAAACAAUGCUUACCAAUGGUGACGAAAAACACCAAGAAGAACACAACUCUGAAAACCUUACUCCUGCCAAUGACAUGGACAGAACCUUUUACAAAUGCAAUGAUAAUGACACAAUAAUUAUUCGAUCUUACAAUUACAAGACGGAUGACAAACAAGUGAACAGGAUAUUUGUUGAAGGAAUUAAGUCCAUUGUACCCAGCUACUUACAAACCUUUUAUUUAUUUAUUCACUAUUUUGGAAUUGCUAAAGUUUUUUGUUUCCUGUCGCUGUUUUAUUUGGUGACUUUUGGAAUUCACGUGACAAUUUUGAAAAUGCUUUACGCCGAUGAGAAUGAUACAAUUGUUAAUGGACACCGCUAUUACUCACUCUUUGGACUGAAACUAUCUAACUCGACUUCAACCAUUUUGUAUUCGACUCUUUCCACUGUGAUAUUAUGUACGAGCACAAUCAUUCUUGUUCUUUGUGGCUUAUCCAAAUAUGUUGAUUACAGUGCAAGAUCAUACAUUUAUCAGUCAUUUAAAUAUAGUGACAUGGCUAACAUUAUGAAGUAUUACAUUUGGGAUGAAGACAACCAUUUCUGGGUCGCCGAGUUAGCUUCUACGGGUGAAAUUGUUGGAACUAUUGGUGUUAGAAAGAAACAAGAUUCAGAAGGCUGCGUUGAGCUGAAACGAAUGAGCGUGGCAAACUCAAUGAAACGAAAAGGAAUAGCGACAUUAAUGUUGAAUCACCUCAUUCAAUGGAGCAAAGAAAAAGGAUACAACACCAUCGUUCUUUCUACAAGCUCACUUCAAGUGGCAGCCGUGAAUUUUUACCAAAAGAACGGUUUCACUCUUGUCAAGCUGAAAAGACAUUCCAGAUUUUUACCAACAGCCCACCUGACCUUCGAAAAACAUUUAACUCAACUUAACUCAACACUCACUCCUCCCGAAUACAUCUCCACUAAACAUCAAUAA